AUGUCUUCGCCGGCACACGGCGGGACAGACGGUGCAGACGCGGAGUCGCCAAAAGGAACCCAACAGAGACCUCGCGCGCCCACGAUUAGUAUAGACGAUUCCGCCGUUAAUUCGCCUCCACCUCCCGAAGAACCUCCCAGCGCUGUUUCCGACAAGCCUGCACCGUUACCUCGGAUUCAAACAUCAGGUCUUGACUCGAGUCCUUCAUUGUCCUCUCCUUUCUCCAUAUCGCCAACGGACGUGCGCUCAUCCUCCGACGCCACCAACCGCGAGUCGCGCCCGACCUCUCCACACAAUGUGUCCUCUCCCAGAGGCCAGUUCCUUGAUGGCGCCUCUCAAAACUUCCUUGCCGUUCCCGGGUCAAGGCAACGGGCCACAUCGAUGGAGUCCCAGAAUUCAGCAUCCACGUCGGAAUUUGGAGGCGAGACGCAGAUAGCCUCUACACUUUCACCUGCAGAGGAUGCUCGGAAAAGCUCCUUCAAUAACAAUGACGAUGUGAUCAAUGAUACGGACGCACUGACGCCGGACCCAGGCACAGAGGAGGAUUUCAAGGUUGAGAACAACCCCUUCGCGUUUAGCCCUGGUCAACUGAAUAAGAUGAUCAACCCCAAGAAUCUGGCCGCUUUCCACGCCCUUGGCGGUCUUGGGGGCCUCGAGAAAGGCUUACGGACAAAUCGACACAGCGGCUUGAGCGUCGACGAAGUUGGCCUGGAAGGCUCAGUGGAUUUUCGAGAAGCGGUCCAGGCUGGCGCCGAAGCCGUGCAACACUAUGGGACUGUCAAGCGGACUACCACCGGCAUGUCAUUGACUGCACCUGCGAAGACUUCGGACAACUCGUUCGCCGACCGCAAGCGCGUCUUCAAGGACAAUCGUCUCCCCGAGAAGAAGGCAAAAACUUUCUGGCAACUUGCAUGGAUCGCUUAUAACGACAAAGUGCUGAUAUUGCUGUCCGUGGCUGCUGUUAUCUCGCUCGCGCUUGGAAUAUAUCAGACCGUCAAUCCUGCGCCUUCUGAAGAGCAUGAAGCGAAGGUCCAGUGGGUCGAGGGUGUCGCUAUCAUGGUUGCCAUUUUUGUGGUGACUUUUGUGGGAGCGCUCAAUGACUACCAGAAGGAGCGUCAGUUCGUCAAGUUGAACCGUAAGAAGGAAGAACGCUUUGUCAAGGUCGUCCGCUCGGGCAAGUCUCAGGAGAUUUCGGUCUAUGAUGUUUUGGUUGGAGAUGUGAUGCAUCUCGAGCCCGGGGAUUUGAUUCCUGUGGAUGGGGUCUUUAUCGACGGCCACAACGUGCGAUGUGAUGAGUCUUCUGCCACUGGGGAGUCUGACAUCAUUCGGAAAACAGCUGCCGACGAGGUUUAUCACGCCAUUGAGAACCAUCAGAGCCUGAAGAAAAUGGAUCCAUUCAUUCUGUCUGGCGGGAAGGUCUCUGAGGGUGUCGGCACCUUCCUUGUCACUGCGACUGGUGUCAAUUCCAGCUACGGCAAGACUUUGAUGUCGCUACAGGAUGAGGGUCAGACGACUCCACUGCAGAUGAAGCUGAACGUGCUUGCUGAGUAUAUUGCAAAACUUGGAUUGGCUGCUGGUCUACUUUUGUUUGUGGUCCUCUUCAUCAAAUUCUUGGCCGAGCUUAAGAACAUAGAAGGAGGCGCGCAAGUCAAAGGUCAACGCUUUCUUCAAAUCUUCAUCGUUGCGGUCACUAUCAUCGUGGUUGCGGUCCCUGAAGGUCUGCCGCUGGCUGUCACGCUAGCCCUUGCUUUUGCCACCACAAGGAUGCUGAAGGACAACAAUCUCGUGCGCCUGCUGCGCGCUUGCGAAACAAUGGGGAAUGCAACGACUGUCUGCUCUGACAAAACUGGGACACUGACGCAGAACAAAAUGACAGUCGUGGCAGGGACGCUGUCUACCGCUUCUAGAUUCGGCGACAAGCAGCAGCCGAUCAACUCGACGGCUGCUUCAGACGCCAAACUCUCCGGCCCUACUGAAGUCACCAAUGAUGUCUCGGCUGCCGAAUUCUAUACAACGCUCUCCCAAGACACCAAGUCACUCCUCAAGGAUUCAAUCAUUCUCAACUCCACUGCGUUCGAAGGGGAAGAAGAUGGCAAACCUGUCUUCGUCGGCUCCAAGACCGAGACCGCUCUCCUUCAAUUUGUUGUUGAUCAUCUCCCGGUUGAAUCGAUUGGGGAAGAGCGAGCCAAUGCUGACAUUGCGCAAAUGGUUCCUUUCGACUCGGGCCGCAAGUGUAUGGCUGUGGUUAUCAAGCUGGCUAAUGGCAAAUACCGCAUGCUCGUCAAGGGAGCCUCCGAAAUCCUGAUCUCGAAAUGCUCCAGAAUUAUUAGCGACCCAACGAAGGAGCUGGUAGACGCCCCCAUAUCGUCGGACCAAGUGGAGACUCUGAACGGCAUUGUGAGCAAUUACGCGUCUCGCUCUCUGCGUACCAUUGCCUUACUCUACCGAGAUUUCAGCGAAUGGCCACCCCGGGGAGCAGCUCUCCCAGAGGAUAAGCGACAGGCGGACUUCGACAAGGUCUUUAAGGAUAUGAUUUUCCUUGGUGUGGUGGGCAUCCAGGAUCCGCUGCGUCCAGGUGUCGAGAAAGCAGUUCGGGACUGUCAAAUGGCUGGCGUUUUUGUACGCAUGGUCACCGGAGACAACAUUAUGACGGCAAAGGCCAUUGCUACCGAGUGUGGUAUCUUCACCUCUGGCGGAAUUGCUAUGGAAGGCCCGGUCUUCCGGAAAUUGAGUUCGAAACAGCUGACGCAGGUGAUUCCACGCCUACAGGUGCUUGCCCGAUCCAGUCCAGACGACAAGAAGCUGCUCGUAGGCCACCUCAAGAAGCUCGGAGAAACUGUUGCCGUUACAGGUGAUGGUACAAAUGACGCCCCAGCCCUCAAAACAGCAGACGUCGGCUUCUCGAUGGGUAUUGCAGGUACAGAGGUUGCCAAAGAAGCAUCGGCCAUCAUUCUCAUGGACGACAACUUUGCCUCGAUUGUCAAAGCUAUCUCCUGGGGCAGGACUGUCAAUGAUGCUGUGAAGAAGUUCUUACAGUUCCAAAUUACUGUCAACAUCACUGCAGUUUUCCUAACAUUCAUCUCCGCCGUUGCCAACGAUGAGGAAAACUCUGUGUUGACUGCUGUACAACUUCUAUGGGUCAACUUGAUCAUGGACACUUUUGCCGCUCUAGCACUCGCCACCGAUCCCCCUUCAGCGUCCAUACUGAAACGACGUCCGGAACCGAAAUCGGCCCCGCUGAUCACACUGACGAUGUGGAAGAUGAUUAUCGGACAGUCAAUAUAUCAGCUCGUGGUGACGCUCGUACUGUACUUUGCCGGCAAUAGCAUUCUGUCUUACCAAACUCCAGGCGAGCAGGACCGGCUUCACAGCACGAUCUUCAACACGUUUGUGUGGAUGCAGAUUUUCAACCAAUACAAUUCCCGCCGGCUGGACAAUAAAUUCAACAUCUUCGAGGGUGUCUUGCGCAACUACUGGUUCGUCGGAAUCCAGUUCCUCAUCGUCGGAGGACAAAUCUUGAUAAUGUUUGUUGGAGGACAGGCCUUCUCCAUUAACCGCAUCAAUGGGCCGCAGUGGGGAUAUUCGCUUGUGUUGGGCGCGCUCUCGGUGCCUGUGGCAGUCAUAAUACGAUUGAUACCCGACGAAUUGUUUGCAAGGUUGAUUCCACCUAUGCCUAGGAGAAAGAAGCGUGGACCGGAAUUUGUGCUCGAAGAUGACGAGAACGAGAAAGUGCACUGGAAUCCAGCACUGGAAGACAUUCGAGAAGAGCUGCAAUUCUUGAAGAGGAUCCGAGGCGGACGCAUCUCAGAGCUGACGUACAAGCUGCAGCACCCAAAAGACGCAUUUCUACCACGAUCUCGCAGCCCGUCCCGGUCCCGCUCGAAUAGCGAAUUGCCGCAGACCCCAGAUGGCGAACAAGCUGUGGUGGAUACGUUGACAGCAUCACCAUCGACUCCGGAGAAAUCCAAGCGGCGGGCUAGAGCAAGCUCGAAUUCGGUCUUCGGUCCCGCUACAGCCAUGGCAGGCAUCAUUGCAGGCAGCGUCGCUGGAGGAUGGUCACCAAUUGAACGACGGCCUGAAGAACAGGAAACCGUACGGUUCACGCGGUCUCGAUCGCACUCCGGUGUCGAAGGAACACCUGGAAUGGAGAUCCAUCCUGCCACGCCCGCAGAAGACCCUGUGUUUGCACGAACAGCCCCGAAAUCUGGGGUUCCUCCCAGCCAGGACCCAGAACUCGCGCCUCACUUCGAUCAUGCGCCACCGCACAGUCCUUCAACUCGAUCAAAAGGUUCACAUUCACGAAGUCCUUCUUCCACUGUUUGA